AUGGCGACAACGACGACUGAAGAUGCCGUCAAGCGCUUGCAGGACAGCAAGCCGCCGGCCACAGACGCCGCGACGUACCUCACCAUUAUCGAAAUGUCGCUGACGCCUGAGUUGCUGCCGACGCUUCGGGACAUUCUAGAUGACGUGGCACUGACGAGCGAGAUUGGCUGGGACCUGGUCGAGAUGCUGAUUGCGGUGCCGGGCAGCGAGGCGUGCCUAGAGCGCGUUGCGCACCUCGGUAACCCGCGCGAGGUGAUUCUGAAGGUGCUGGAAGUCAUGGAGAAGAGCGCCACCGAGGCCGAGGCGGAGGAAGAGGGCGCGACGGAGGGAGAGCAAAAGAAGAGCGAUGGGGGAGACAAGGUCCCCGUCACGCAGCAGUUUGUCACCCUCUGCGGCAUGCUCGCCGUGCUGCACAGCCGGCUCAAGGUCAAGGGCCCGUCGCGGUUCCUGCACACGACGCUCGAGACCGUGUACCGCAGCUACGACGGCGGGCAGCCCGAGGCCACCGCGGCCGUCAUCGCCCUCACGCGUUCGCUUUCCGGGCAGAAGCGCCCGCCGCUGCCGACGCGCAAGUCGAGCGCCGUGCUGCAGCACCUGGAGCGCACGUCGUCGUUCCAGGCCGGCGACGCGAGCCGCAGCGCGCCGGACCCCGAGGGCAGCGUGGGCGACGGCGACGCCGGCGAGCCGGCGCUGGUGCAGCGCCUGCUGCAGGUGUUUGUGACGUGCGUGCUCGAGGCGUUUGUCAACGCCAACGCGCUCGAGUGGCCGGCGCGGCUGCUCGAGUACACGUACCCGGAGAAGAUUGUGCUGGGGCGGAUGACGCAGAUGCAGGCGUUCAAGGACGUGGAUGACCUACAGGCCAGGGACAGCCUGAUUGGGCAGCUAGUGUCACUGGCGGGCGAUGUUGGACUUUCUAAGCUCUCGUCGGAUACAAUCAAGGAAGCGUUGGCCGCCUCGCCAGUAUGCACCGAUCCGUUAUCUGGCGAGCUCGACAGCGAACAGCCCGAAGCUCUUGGCUUUUCGACCGGCGGCCUCGCGGCCCUCGUCGCGUACCGCAUGUUCGCCACGGACCUCUUUGACGCACAGUACUCCAUCCCGGACCUGCACAUCUUCCCGCACCACCACACGCUCCUGCAAAACUUUCUCGGCGACAGCCCGCAGGACCAAAUCGCCAGCAACCCGGGCUCCGUUGAGGCGCUGCUCGUCAUGGGCAUCUGGCUACACACACAGUCGCGCCUCCUCGCCCCCGGCGCCAAGCCCGACUUUAUGGCCUACCACCACCUGCUCACGCUCCUCGGCGUCUUCCACGCCAACCCGCGCGUGCGCCAGUCCGCCAUUACCCUCGCGGGGCUGGUACUGCACGCCGCACCCGAGGAGGAGCGGCUUUCUAUCCUCGAGGACCUGCUCGAGAACUGCAUGUUUGCGUCGCUGCAGUCCUGCGCCGUCUCCUGGGCCAAGGACGAGAUCAUCGCUGCGCGGAAGGAAGAAGCCAGCAGCAGCAAGUUUGCGAGCGCCGAGGGCCUCGAGAGGCUGCAGUACGCGCUCUUCCCGGACCUGACGUACCUGCAGGACGAGGCGCAGGACGCCCCGGCGCUGCUCGAGUUCUGGGCCCAGGCCUGGCCCUUCCAGCUGCAGGUGGCCAACUUUGCCGUGUUUGUGUUUGGCGAGCGCUACAGGGACAUGGCGCCCGCGGGCAUGGCGGCAGCCGUCGAGCACAGGUACGUAGAACCCCUGCUGCACAUGGCGGGCGUGCUGCGCGAGGCCGGCGCCCAGGACAAGAGCCUGGAGGAGACGGCCGGCGGGCAGGCCAUGGGGACGCUGGACAUCCUGACGGAUACCCUGGGCAGGGUCGCGCUGCAGUAG